UAAUCUGUUGGCCUCACAUUCUUCUUCAUAGCCGUUGCAGUAAUCCUCUUUCGAAAACAGUCGAGCAAGAAGAUGAGGGACCAAACCUCUGGCUUGCGAUUUAACGACUCCUCUUGUUGCUUGAAGCGGAAAAGACCUCCCAAGAUUGAGAUCCCUAACGUCUUACGAGAGAUUCAAGCCGGAAAACUUGAAGGAACCACUCCCCGAACCGAUUCCCUCUCCUCCCCUGACUUUGCGGAUCAUGUAGGGGUUUUCUCCGUCAAGGGCAAGAAGAGGUUCAUGGAAGACACUCACAGGAUCAUUUCUUGCAUGAAAGGCCACUUCAAUGAUGCCUUUUUUGGCGUUUAUGAUGGCCAUGGAGGCAGGAAGGCAGCCAAAUUUGUUGCAGAAAAUUUGCACAAGAACAUACUUGAAGUGGUGGCCAAUUGCACGGAAUCUGCACAGAAGGAGGAAGCAAUUAAAGCUGCUUUCUUGAAAACGGACGGGGACUUCUUGAAUCUGGGUUUAGGCAGUGGUGUCUGCUGUGUCACAGCUCUGAUACAAGGAGAAGAACUUGUUGUUUCCAAUUUGGGAGAUUGUAGGGCUGUUCUUUCUAGAGGAGGAGUAGCUGAAGCAGUCACAAAAGACCAUAGAGUUGAACAGGAGGAUGAAAGGAAACGAAUAGAGAACAAGGGUGGAUACGUUGAGAUUCACAGGGGGGCAUGGAGAGUUCAUGGAGUUCUUUCUGUUUCUAGAAGCAUUGGAGAUGCUCAUUUGAAGGACUGGGUACUGGCAGAGCCUGAUUCAAAGGUCCUACUUCUUAGUGAAGACAUGGAAUUUCUUGUUCUAGCCACUGAUGGAUUAUGGGAAAAGGUUGGGAACCAAGAGACCGUUGAUGUCGUGACACGACUGAGGUUGAUGGAUAAAAGUUUUGGGCUACCAAAAUGUUCCUUGAGAAGUACUAGCCAUGCCCAUUGCUCUGUGAACCCAAGUCCAUCAAAACUGCGGAGAGUUUCUUUGGUCACGCAACCGAAAGGAGGGGGGAUGGACCAAUCUCCGAUCUGUGACAAGGCAAUGGAUAGCUCUGAAGAAGCUGAAUAUGACUAUUCUUGUGAAAUUGAAAGUCCUAGAACAAAAUCAAGGAGAAUAUCGUUGGUCAGACAUAAAAAGAUGAAGACAGAAUCUUCACCUAAGGAGAAUAAUGAUAGCUAUAGGAAGAGACCCACUUCCAGUAGACUUGUGGCUGCUUGUAAGGAACUUGUAGAUCUAGCUCUAAGUAGAGGUAGCCUGGAUGACAUUACCGUAAUAAUUGUCGACUUAAGCCACUUUAGGUGCGAGAGUCGGUCUGAGAAUGUUCGUAAGUUUGUUUGAUCUGGCGUUAUCAAAGGAUAAUAGAUAACCCAUUGCAUUGAUAGCCAGAAAAACUUGUACGGAAAGCAGAUCUGUGUAUUUCAUUUCAGUUAUCCAAGUAUGGAACCGGGUAGAUUCUGAUUUUUUCUACUAUCAAGUAAAUGUCCCCCCUUGUUUUGUUCUACGCACUCUUAGGUUCUCAAGACCCUUUUGUUUAUAUAUAUUUUUUCAAUCUUGAGCCA